AUGCCUGUAGACCACAACGAACCUCCCGCGAAGAGUUUCAAAGAGAGGCCUCAGUCUUCAGAAGAGCCUAAUAACGCUUCCAAGGCUUCCCAACGCCAGGUUCAAUCUUCGGAAGAGCCCAAUAUCGUUCCUAAACCUCCUCAACGUCAAACUCAGUCUUCAGAGGAACCAGAUAACACUCCUAGACUCUACCAACGUCAAACACCUUAUUCUCGAGGUGAAGCUUUUUCAAAUGCCUGCACACUCAAGCAACGGGACAAGAUGGUUACUCUUGCUAAAGCUUUGAAAGUUGGUAAAAACAAUACAAAUUACCCAACUCAAAUGUCGAGUACGAAGGCGCCUGGGGAUAAAUUUGACAAAUACGCGGCAUUCGUCUCUACGACCCUUCGUGAGAUGCCUGAGGCUGAAGCGAAACGACGAAUGCGUGAAAUGACGUUAUUGUUGUUUGAGGAAAUUGACGUCGACUAG